UAUAAUUUCACAGCUUUAACAAAUACACUAUGGAAAGUAAGGGCUUGCAUUACCAAGAGACAAAAAAGUUACAGAACAAGGAGAAUACCGUAGUAGGUGAUGAAGAAGAGAAGAAGCAGAGGACGGACAGGCGGGGAGGAGAUAAUUCUAAAAGAAUAUAUUCAAAUUUUAUGAUGGAAAGUCUGAGAAAAAAUGAGAUUUGAUUGGAUAAUUACCUUAGAGAGAUGGGGAAAUACCUGAAAAACUCUGCAUUUGAAAGGAUCCAUAACAUCCCAAAUUUCUCAGAAGAUUCAAUAGAAAUUGCAUUAUUGGGAGGGGACAAGUAUAAUCUCAAUUUAAUGCAAAACAUCAAUAAGCUGAAGAUACCAAAUUUGGCUAACUAUCACAUAUUAAAAAUAACUUAUGACAAAUCUUGGAUUAAAAAAAUUACCAAGAACGAAUUUACCAGCAAGAUUGGUAAUGCUUUUCUAAGCAACAGGGGCGUAAACCCUAUAAGACUUUUUGAAAUUCCAAAAGAAAUAGACCAAAUCUUUCAAAGAGUUCUCAAUUCAGUUGCAAUAGAUAGGUUCCAAAUCAGCCAUAGAAACUUAGUAAGAGUAUUUAGUUUGUGCAGAGACAAAUCAGAGUUAAGGUUCUUUGACUGUAUAAUAUAUCUCAAAACUGUCCCUGAUUUAGCAAAAGCUCUUCCAACAUGCAAUAUACAGGAGUUAGAAUUUGAUAACUGAGGAGGUCCGCUCUUUGGAAACUGGGCACAGGACCCACAGCAGCUCGACAACUUAAUAAACGGCUUGGCCCAGUGCGAAUGUCUGAUCCAGUCUUUGACCAAGCUAAUAAUACGCAAGAGCUUCCUUGACAAGCAGGUUGUAGUCAAAGCUGUGAAGAAAUAUGGGCUUAAAGAUGUAGAAUUGUUUGUGUAG